AUGCCCCCCUUCGUCUCGCGCAAGCGUGUCUCCGACGAGGAUCCGCCCGCGCCCAAACGUCAUAAUGCGACGCCCGCCGUCGCCGCCGCUGCUGCCGUGCUCGACGACGACACCGACUCCUCCUCCACCGACUCGUCACUAAGCGACGUGCCUGACGACCUACAAGACACCCCAAAUCCAGGUACUACCAAUGACUCCGACGAAGAUAGCAGCAGUAGCGAGUCCGAGGAGGUCGAUUGGGAGGAUGCGUUCGAGUCCGGCACCGGCACCGCCAGCGCCAGCGCCGGGGCCGCCACGCCACGAACACCCUCGAUCCUCGCCCCGGUCCACCACCACCACCAACACCAGGACCUCGAAUUGACCCUCGACAAGAACGAAGUCCACCUGGCCGACAUCGUCGAGGGCAAGAAGGCCCCCUCCAAGAUCGAGCGCCAGAUCCGCAUCACCACCCACUGCCUGCACGUGCGCUUCCUGCUCUACCACAACGCCCUGCGCAACGCCUGGGCCAACGACCCCAAGCUCCACGAGAUCCUGCGCCGGAAGCUCCCACCCGCACUGCACCAGGAAGUCAAGAAAUGGCGUGUCUCGUCAGGGCUGGAGCUGCCCGACCAAAAGCCGCCGGAGAAGAAACCUACCCGCAAGGGCAAGGGCAAGGGCAAGGGCAAGGGCAAGCAGCCACAGCAAGAGAGUCGACCGUCUGAGCGGGACUGGACCGAGGGCUCCGAGCGGUUGGAGGCGGGACAGCCCGACAUGAGUCGCGGGGAUCCGAUCAUCCCGCUGCUCAAGGUCCUGGCCGCCUACUGGAAGAAGCAGUUCACGAUCACGGCGCCGGGCUUGCGCAAGCAGGGGUAUCGACCGAUGGCGCAGCUGGAAGUGCAGAUCGCCUCGCUCCGGAACGACGCGCACGAUCCCGCCGUCCACGGGGAGCGGAUCGCGGACCUCGACGAAUUCCGCCAGGCGGCCGAGCGCAUGCAGGGCUCGCGCGAUCUGGGCGCGCAGCUCUUCACGGCGCUGCUCCGCGCCCUCGGCAUCGAAGCCCGGCUGGUGGCCAGUCUGCAGCCACUGGGGUUUGGAUGGACCAAAGCCGAGACCUACACCCCAAAGCAGCAGCAGUCCACCAAGCCCACCGACACCGAGCCCACGACCGACGCAUCGACUGCAGCGGCCGAUACGGACGAAGUCAUGGGCCUAGAAUCCGACAGCAGCAGCAGCGACGCCGCAACCAAACCGCCAUCGCGCAGCAACAGCAAGAACCUCAGGGGAUACGACAAAGACCUCCCAUUCCCGAUCUACUGGACUGAAGCCGCCUCGCCGAUCACGCACGAGAUUAUCCCCGUCGACGCGCUCGUCCUCCCCAACGCCGUGGCCACCACCCCGGAGCUGCAGGCGGCCUUCGAACCGCGGGGCGCCAAAGCCGAGAAAGCCAAACAAGUGAUCAGCUACGUGAUCGCCUACUCCUCCGACAAGACGGCCAAGGACGUCACGACCCGGUACCUGCGCCGACGGACCUGGCCUGGCAAGACCAAAGGCUUCCGCAUCCCCGUCGAGAAGAUCACCAUCCACCCGCAGACCAAAAGCAAACGCAGCCGCGCCGCAGCCCCAACAACAAUCACCUACGACUGGGCGCGCGUCGUCCUCCGCGUCUACGAACGCUCCCCCAAGCACGAGACAGCCAUCGACGCCCUGGAAAACAGCACGACGCUCCUCCCCAACCAACCCGAACGCAAGAACGUCACCACCACCGGCGAGGCACCAGACACCCUCCAAAGCCUCCGCACCUCCCCCGACUUCGUGCUGGAACGCUUUCUCCGGCGCGAAGAAGCCCUCAAGCCAGGCGCGCAGCACGUCCGCACCUUCACUUCAGGGAAAGGUCCUAAAGCCAAAACGGAACUCGUCUACCGACGAACCGACGUCGUACGAUGCCAAUCCGCCGAGAGCUGGCACAAGGAAGGCCGGCAGAUCGCGCCGGGCCAGACGCCCCUGAAACACGUGCCCAUCCGCGCCGUCACGCUGCUCCGCAAGCGCGAGGUGGACGAGUACGAACGCGAGACCGGCCAGAAGCCCAAGCAGGGGCUGUACGCCAAGUAUCAGACCGAAUACAUCAUCCCCCCGCCCAUCGUCGACGGUGUCAUCCCCAAGAACGACUAUGGGAAUAUUGAUUGCUUCGUUCCAAGUAUGGUGCCCCGCGGCGCGUGCCACGUCCCCUGGCCGGGCACGGUGCGCAUCUGUAAGAAGCUGGGGAUCGAUUACGCCGAGGCCGUCACGGGGUUCGAGUUCGGGUCCAAGAUGGCGGUCCCCGUCAUUCAGGGGGUGGUUGUGGCGGCGGAGAAUGAGGAGCUUGUUAAGGAUGCGUGGCGUGUUGAGGAGGCGGAGAAGCGGAGGAAGGAAGCCCGCAAGGCUGAGGCGAGAAUCUUACAAACCUGGCGGAAGUUCUUGUUUGGGUUGAGGAUUGCGCAGCGUGUGCGGGAGGAGUAUGGGGGUGGGGAUGGGGAGGCGGGGGAGGGCGAUCGGGAGAGGGAGGAAAGGAAUCCGUUUACGAGGCAGGUGGUGGGACAGGUUGCGGAGAGUGCUGGGGGGACACCUGGGUUUGAGGCUGGUGCUGGGGACGGGAAUGGGGAUGGUGGCGGGUUCUUACUUCCUGGCGAGGAUGAGGAAGAUCGCGGCGGAGGCUUCCUGCUCCCUGGCGAAGACAACGAGUCAAACCGAGGCGGAGGCUUCCUCCUCCCUGGCGAAGACGAAUCGUCAGAUCGCGGCGGAGGCUUCCUGCUCCCCGACCAAGAAGACGCAAACAACGACGAAGAUGACGACGACGACAACGACAACGACAACGAAAAGCUGAUCAUCGUCCAUCAACGUCGCAAACGGGCUACCCUGCCUCUCGCCGUUGCUGCUGAUACUGGUGAUGAUGACGACGAUACUCCCGCUACGGCUCCCACCGAUAGCGACGAGGAGAUGACCGGCGCCGGCGCCGGCGCCGGCUCCGGUAAAUCCCAAGCAGACGCCAUCUCGCUCAGCUCCUCCAGCUCCGACGAGGAACUGUCCCCUCCUCCGGACGAGAUUCCCGACUCGGAAGACGACGAUGAGGGAUUCGUUGCCGAGUAUAAACCGCCGGCCACACGCAGACGGACGCGUGGUGGGGGUAGAGGAAGAGGAAGAGGCCGAGGUCGAGCGAGAGGGAAAUGAUGGCCUGCUUGCUUGCCUGCUUGCUUGCUUGCAGCCCAGGCGCUUUCGGUGUAUCUUUUGAUCAGUGGCGUUGAUGGAUUGUAAACCCUAAUCGGAGCAUGUAGAGUAAUGGUGCACAACGACGGGAUGUGAAAUGCAAAACAUGUAUUAUAUUAUGAUGUAUGGGUCUGUUUUUUACUAUAUUGGCAUGGGUAUAACUAUCAACGU